AUGAGCGUCGCUGUUCGGUUUCAGGCAAUUUCUCGCCGCGUCAGCCCUGGCUGCUCCUACAAUGCCUGGCGUCGCAUGCCGCUGCGGAGCUACUCCAGUGCUGUUUCGCCUUUGAGUGAUACGCUACCCCUGUCAGGUAUUCGCGUGCUUGAUAUGACCAGAGUGCUGGCUGGUCCGUACUGCACUCAAAUUCUUGGUGAUCUGGGAGCGGAUGUCAUCAAAGUCGAACACCCUGUGCGUGGCGACGACACCCGGGCCUGGGGCCCGCCAUAUGCCCAGUACGAGGACCCAUCUAAGACCGGACCGGGCGAGAGCGCCUAUUAUCUGGCCGUCAAUCGCAACAAGAAGUCCCUGGGAUUGUCUUUCCAGCACAAGUCAGGCGUUGAGAUUCUUCACAAGCUUGCGAAGGAAUGCGACGUCCUAGUCGAAAAUUACUUGCCUGGGGGCCUGAAGAAAUAUGGAAUGGACUAUGAGACUCUACGAGAAAUCAAUCCCAAGCUUAUAUAUGCCAGUAUCACCGGUUAUGGGCAAACUGGACCGUACAGCAACCGUGCUGGCUACGAUGUCAUGGUGGAAGCCGAGAUGGGCUUGAUGCACAUCACCGGAGCGCGAGAUGGCGCGCCUGUCAAGGUCGGCGUGGCAGUGACUGAUCUAACCACUGGUCUAUAUACAUCCAAUGCUAUCAUGGCAGCCUUGCUUGCGCUCGCAACAUUGUCGAAUCUGGCUAGCUCUGCCCUUAUUAGUGGCAAGAAGGACUCCGGUCGAUGGGGUACCGCGCAUCCGUCGAUUGUCCCUUACCGAAGCUACAAGACACUGGAUGGCGACAUUCUUUUUGGUGGCGGCAAUGACCGACUCUUUGGCGUGCUAUGUGAUCGUCUAGGCUUUCCUGAAUGGAAGACUGAUGCUCGCUUUGUCACUAACAGCGACCGUGUGCAGCAUCGUGCUGAUAUUGAUGGGAUGAUUGAAAAUACAACCCAACAGAAGACGACUAAGCAGUGGUUGGAUAUAUUUGAAGGCAGUGGAAUGCCAUAUGCGGCAGUCAACGACAUUCAAGGAACACUGAACCAUGAACACGUGCAAGCCCGAGACAUGGUAACAGAGGUUGACCACCCGGCUUGUGGUCCCAUUAAGUUGGUCAACACUCCCAUCAAAUACUCUGAGGCGACACCCGGCGUUCGUACCCCUCCCCCAACUCUUGGGCAACACACCAAUGAGAUUUUGGGUGAAGUCUUGGAAUAUAGUGAAGCGGAUAUUGCUCGGUUGAAGGAGGAGGGUGUGCUGUCAUAG